AACAGAUAUAAUAUAUAGAUAUUACUUGAUAAGUAAAUAAAUCAUAAAUUAUUCUAAGUCAACCUGGAUCAAAUAAAAAGCUUAUAUUUUUUAAAUUGCGCGAGCGACAAAAUUGUCUCUCCGGCGGAUUAAAUCGGUCAUCGAUACUUCGACUUAAUGGCAGAACAAAUAUGUUUAAUGAAAGAUAAAUAAAAACUAAAUUUAAAAUAGUAUCUUCAACAGACAAAAAUCCGUCAGAGAAGAGAAAUUUUUAACGAUUCUGGUCUCGACCGCUGGCGGAUAAAUUUUGUCACGUGACCGAAUAAUGUCUGGAAAGCAUGUCGAUUGAAUAUCGUUGAAUUGCAGCCUCGUCGCAUAGCUCGAUGGAUUUGAGUAGCAAUUGAAUAGGAACCAUUACGGUGAUCGCACGAUUCUCCGAGUGUCGGUCCAAAGCGUUCGAACGUUCGCGAGCGAAAAGCUGUUCGUUCAAUAUGACUGCAUUAGCAUUUUUCGAAGAUUUCGUAAUCGUCUCGCCUUCCACGCGUAAAUAAUGUUGACGUUAAAAAAUUCACGGAAGCCGCGGGUCACGUAACAUAUAUUUGACUUCUGACACGAGUAAAUUUCUUGCAACAUCCCGGAGGACGAUCGAUAUUUACUUAAUUGGCUAUCAAUGGUCUUUUUUGUUGCGAUCUUUUUUUUUUAUCAAUAUCCCGACGUUGCUGUUCGGCUAAUUGGUAUGCUCUCUGACGCACGCGAGAUAAGACUCACGCUCGCGCAUCCAGAUGCCAAUUCCCUAUCGCGACAAUUUAAAAAAAAAAAAUUUGAUAACGAAAUCAAUAGCGUUCUUUAUUUCACUCCAGUCCGAAUCCGGGAAAUCGGCCGAGUCGAUUCCGUCGAUUCGCGAGAGGCGCGCCGAGUCUCGCGUCGAGCCGCGAAAACCGCAAGUCGCCGAGAAAGAUCGCGGCGAGAAAGAUCAACAUCCGCGUCUGCAUGACAAUAGGGUACAAAUUCCUCGUGCGCGCGGUCAGCGAAAAGAAGAUUUUACCUCCGCGAACGUUGAGCAAUGGAUAUAUACGACCGCGCGUACAUAUGCAUAUAUAUGUGCGCGCCGCGGAGAAACGAUCGCGCGUCGUGUGGUCAAGGUAAGGAUUUCAUAACUCCGUCGCCACGGCGACGUCCGCUCGUCAAGGAGCGCGGAUUCAGUACCGGCACGGGAUCGGCAUCGGGAAGACGAGCCUCUCCGGAUAGGAGUGAUCGGGACGCUAAUUGGGGCGCUUAAAUUAAUAACGCUCCCCAGACUCACUCCGGAAUCGAUAUCCGACCCUGAGAGAGUGCUCUUUAAUUUUUACUUUAAUUUAUUUUCAUGGCUGUGCCAUUGAGUCGCUUAUUCAUUUCUCACAAUCUCGAAAGUUUCAUCUUCCGUUCGAUUCCGCGCGGCUCUCUCGUGUUAUAAUUUUUAUCUUCGCGUUAAUUCAUCUCGAGAUGACCGAUACCAUCAUGUAAGGAACGUGCCACCGGCUCGAUCGCUUUCGAGCGGAAACCGCCUUCCUGACAAUACGAUAGAACAAGAGUGACUAUAUUCUGGACGAACUUCUGAGUCGACGACGCACGAGUAAUCGUUACGAUGUGCUGGUGACCGAAUGUGGAUCCUGUUACAUCGGAAAGGAAUAAUGCUUAGAACUAUCAUAUAUCUUUGUAUAACCUGACUGUACUGAAGAUGCAAGCCAAGAAACGCUAUCUAUUAUUGUUCGUAACAUGCGCGUUUCUUGGUUAUUGCUAUUUCGGCGGAUAUCGUUUAAAAAGCGAAAAAUGGACAGGCAGAUCUCAGUUGCCUUACGAGCGAUUGCCUUCAUAUUUAAGUCUAAACGAAGAGUUCUAUGACAAAGAUUUAAAGACAUCCAGCGGGUCUUUGGUGGCUAUGUCGCAGCGUACACGGCAAUGUCGCAUGGAGACCUGCUUCGACUUCACUAGGUGCAAGCAAGGUUUCACCGUGUACGUUUACCCGGUCGAGGAUGUAAUAAGUCCACUAUACCAAAAAAUAUUAAACGUUAUCACGGAGUCGAGAUAUUACACGUCGGACCCGGCACGAGCAUGUAUAUUUGUCUUAGCCCUGGAUACGUUAGAUAGAGAUCCCUUGUCCACUGAAUUUGUACACAAUCUACCCUCGAAACUGUUGCACCUGCCAUAUUGGAAUAACGGGAGAAAUCAUCUGAUAUUUAACUUGUACUCCGGCACAUGGCCCGAUUAUGCGGAAGAGUCGCUGGCUUUCGACGUGGGUUACGCCAUGCUCGCUAAGGCCAGCAUGUCCAUCUUUAGACACAGACCGGACUUUGAUGUAUCGAUACCUCUGUUUGCCAAACAACAUUCGGAGCGUGGUGGAGAGCUCGGCCAGGCGUUAGAGAAUAAUUUUCCCAAUAAUAAGAAAUAUGUGGCAGCUUUUAAGGGAAAACGAUACGUGCACGGCAUUGGAUCUGAGACGAGAAAUGCUCUCUAUCAUCUACACAAUGGCAAAGAUUUGGUGUUUGUUACGACUUGCCGUCACGGAAAGGCCUGGAGGGAAUUACAGGACGAACACUGUCAGCAGGAUAAUCAAGAGUACGAUACAUACGACUAUGAAAUUUUAUUGAUGAAUGCUACGUUUUGUCUGGUUCCGCGAGGACGACGAUUAGGUAGCUUUCGGUUUCUAGAAGCUCUAAGAUCGGGAUGUAUUCCAGUUAUUUUAAGUAACGGUUGGGCUCUGCCGUUUCACGAGCGUAUCGAUUGGACCCAGGCUGUAAUAUUCUCCGACGAGAGAUUAUUACUCCAAAUUCCAGACAUACUGAGAUCCGUAUCCAAUGUACAAAUUCUUAAACUAAGACAGCAGACCCAAUUUUUAUGGGAGAGAUAUUUUUCUUCCAUCGAAAAAAUUGUGUUCACCGUGUUCGAGAAUAUUCGCGAACGUUUACCAUGGGAAGGUGCGCGGGAAAGAAUAGUUUGGAAUACCAAUCCCGGAGCAUUGGCAAUUUUACCGCAAUUCGCCGAUAGCCAGCAGGAACUUCCCUUUUCAAACAGUAAUCCUGGUAACACUUUCACUGCCAUAAUUUACUCACAAUUGGGAUCCACCGCCGUACUUUAUCGUUUACUUAGGAGUCUCGCGAAAAGCAAAUAUCUAGAUAAGAUAAUACUUAUGUGGAAUUCGGACAUUCCGGUGCCAAGAAAACCACGUUGGCAAGGUAUCAGAGCGUCAAUUCACGUUGUCGCAGUUGAUGGCAUAUCUCAACGUUUUUAUCCUCAUCCGUUAAUCAAAACUAGUGCCAUAUUGUCGCUCGACGAGGACGCCACUCUAAAUACCGACGAAAUUGAUUUCGCUUUUACGGUUUGGCGAUCGUUUCCUGAUCGAAUAGUAGGGUAUCCAGCGAGGUCUCAUUAUUGGGAUGACUCAAAGCGUUCCUGGGGUUAUACCAGUAAGUGGACAAACGACUAUAGUAUCAUUCUCACCGGUGCUGCUUUUUAUCACCGCUAUUAUAAUACUCUAUAUACCGAGUUAUUGAGCUCGACCCUCCAUAAGACCGUAGAACAAUCGCAGAAUUGCGAGGAUAUACUCAUGAAUUUCCUGGUGAGUCAUGUAACUCGAAGGCCGCCCAUCAAAGUGACGCAGCGAAAGCUGUACAAAGAUACAACGGUAGCCGGAAUUAGAUCGCCAUGGAACGACCCGGAUCAUUUCAUACAGCGACAAACAUGCAUGAAUACGUUUGUCGCUGUCUUCGGGUAUAUGCCACUGUUGCGAUCUAACAUGCGACUGGAUCCCGUUCUGUUCAAAGAUUCCGUGAGCAAUUUGCGCAAGAAGUAUAGGCAAAUUGAACUAGUUAGUAAUUAGAAUUGUAUACUCUGCUCGAUUACGCGUGACUAUUUAAUUUUUCAAGCGCGCCUGAUAACGCGAAAUCUCCGUGUACAAUACUAGACCUACUUCUUUUAGCGCACUUAUAUCUUUUCUGCACUUAUGACGAAAAUAGGAUCAGAAAAGAUAUGUAAUAGAAUUUUCGAAGAUGGAAAGGAAAGAGCGGAGAAUUGUAAGCAAGUGCAAUAAGUAUAGCUAAAAGAAACAGAUCUACCGCCAUUGUCGUACGAAUGCGCAUAUAUUAAUGUACAGGGAACAUUUGCGCGUUCACGUGCUAUGCCAUAUUAGGCUAUCGAUGUUGUCGAGUAAAGCAAAUCAAAGUCCGUUAUUCAGCAAGGAUACAUGGUGAUAUCCUUGCGAUUUAUUUGCGAGUAAUUUUGUACAAAUUGUAGAGCCGUUUCUAUAUUUGACGAUGGUCUCGCACAACUAUUACGCUAACUGCGGGUCAGCAUUUAAUCGAUGUACAUACAAAUUGUUUCAUAAUUAUUGAUAAAAAAAAAGUUAUUUAAGAAACAUUUAAAUUUUUUACGUACUGGCCAUUGAAAUUAUUUCAGCGGUUUGAUUGACAAAAGAAAAAUCGAAUUUUUCUGAGAUUCGCGUGUUUUUGUACGGAUUAUCUUGCAGAUGAAGAGGAAAAGAAGAAGCGGAAAAAAUAUUGCAUUUGUAUGUAUAAUGAUAUUUUUAAUCAUAGAAAUUUGCAAAUGUUUUUCUAUUUGAAUAAAUGUAUUUCAUGUAAUUCUUAGAUUCGAGAUACGUAAGAAAUUCGUAAAGUUUUAGAGCAGACUUCGUCAAGUGCUUUGAUAGUGACGACGUGAAAGUCGAUGUUUGUAUCGAGGCGAGGUGCAAACAAGAUCUGUUUAUAUUUAAAACAAUUGUAAAGAUGUUUAGGGUUUAAUGCAAUCAUUGAUAUCAAUUUUUCUUACUAUCAAAUAAUUUUUAUAUAGUAUGAUUUUAAGCGUCGCCUUACUAACUCCUCUUGUUCUCCCCCUUUACCCUUUUCUCUUUUUAAAAUAGUUCAUGUAUUUGAAGCGGAUCAAAUUUUAUAUCCGAGGAGAUAUUCUGUCAAUUUAUCUGUGCACAAUUAUUUAUGUGCAUACUAUUGCGUAUGCUGCAUUGUUUUACUCUGUGAUCACGUUCUACCCGAUUCAAAAUGACAAUGGUUCAUGAGAAUUUAACCAAUUCGAUCAACAUAUCUAUUUAGUUCAGCAUAUCUAUUCGAGUACUGCCGAGUUCUCAGGAACAUGAAAGAAAAAGAAAAGAAAGAGAAAAUUUCUUUUUGUCAAGGCGUCGCAACAAUAUCUAGUCGUUUACACCGAUAUACAUUGUUACACGAUGAGAGAAAUAACAUGUAAUCCCUCGGUUAGAAGGAUUGUACAAUAAUGUGGCAUCUGCAUGCGUGUGUUAAACACGAAAAGCUAUUUAUAUAUGUGAUAUGUUUUCUUUUCUAUCGUGCGUUCCAUAAUCAUUCGAGAGGGAUAAUGAAGAAGCUCUGUAAUUUUAUGCAUAAUAUAUUUCCGCAACUUGGUGAGGUGUGCGUAUGCGUUAGAAUCAAAAGCGACUGCGAGUUAAUUGAAGUUCUUAUUACCUUGGAAAAUUUUGUGCUCGUCAUUAAUUCCAGCGGUUGUUCAUAUACGGAUUGAUUUCUUGAGUUGUUAUAUCAAUUGAUAAAUGUAAAUUAGUAUUUGGGUGUAUAUAGAAAUUGAUAGGCUAAAUCUCUAUCCUCUUUGAUCGCUCGAUGAACAAUCUUAAUCAAAUAUGUUCCAAUCGUUCCAAUUAACCGGCCACUGACAAGCGUAAUCUUCGUACAAAGACAAAGAAAAGUCCUACGCAGUGGCCGCAGAUACUUUGAUUCUAUCCGAUAUGAAGCGACGGUUCCGAUCUGUUAAACAUUUUCCAUAUAAUCGUAUUGCGGAAAGAAAAUAAUAUAAGGUAAUAAGAUAUAGUAUUAGUCAUUUUAUAUGGGGAAAAAAAUAAACUGUUUUGUACAAAA